AUGCUUAACAUAGAUUUGAACGAGUACCCCCUGGCUGAACCUCCAAGCACGCUUCUAUCAUUUCCCUUUCAACCGGUUCAUCCCUCAAAUGCUUCCAAGAAAGAUUUUGUCGCACAGGGCGACCAGGUGAGACUGCAUCCGUCGACCUCCGCAUCGAAGACUUUUCCCGUAAAUGAUUGUUCGACUAGUCCCCGCAAGCGCAAGAGUAUUGAUGCUAGUAUAGUAGAACAAAGAGAAGCGAUGGCGCUGAUUUACUCGGACAAAAGACAAAAGAUCAGUUCAAAUCACCAUGAUAGUAGACCGGAAGAUUUUACAGCAAACGCGGUCCAAUUGCGACAAAAAGAAAAGCAAGUAUUUGAAAACUUCGCAUCGGAGCACAAUGACCGAAGUAAGAACAUUGGCCGACUCAAAGAAACUGAAAGAAAACUUGUACUGUUUGAUGUUCAAGACUGGAGUUUUGUUAGACAAAAUUCGAACAUGGGUAAUCGAGAUUACCGGAACUCGGCCAACAUAUUUAAUGCGGAAACCUUUUUCAGAGCCAUGAGAAGCUUGAAACGCGAUAUUGAAUUAAAAGCAUUCAAACAAGAACUCCCUCAACACAAGGAUUCCUGGUCUAUGUAG